CUUUAAUAGGUGGUUUGCUCCUUCAAAAUUUGAUCCUGUGAAAGUCCCCCAUGCUUUUCUUUGAAAACAAUCUCCUGGUGAUCCCUCCUAUACCGCCUGAUGUUGGUCUGGUGAAGGCUUUGAAGAACAUGAUACUGUUAGUGGAGAGAAGCUCAAGACCAGGGACAAUUAAAUUUUUUCGCACGCAAUCACCUAGGCAUUUUGAAGGAGGUGACUGGAACCAUGGUGAUUCUUGCCAACGGUUACAACCUAUGUUGCCGGAGCAAGUUGAAGAACUCUUCUCAUUAAAGAAUAACGGGACAAAUGUGGAGGCACGCAUGGUGAAUCAACACCUAUACAAGGCCCUUGAGGAGUCUAAUUUCCAUGUUUUAGACAUCACCCGCAUGAGUGAGUUCAGAGCAGAUGCCCAUCCGGCCACCGCUGGUGGAAAGAAACACGACGAUUGCAUGCACUGGUGCCUACCAGGAAUUAAAGAUACUUGGAAUGACUUGUUUGUAGCCCAUUUGAAUGAUCCCAAGACUAGAAAUUGAUACACCACUAAUAAUAUCCUUCAUGAAAU